GGUUUAAUCAAAAAAUGGGGUUGAAUGGUAGUCUGAGUUACAACAGAUUUGGGGGGUAGCAAAAAGUUGUGGGGACAGAUUAAAACUGAUCGGUGAAAUAGUUCUUUAUAUUUUCUGUUCUCUUAUUUUUUUUUCUAAAAAAAUGAGCUUGCUACUGAAUGAUAUUCAUUUGCCAUUAUUGAUUAAAUCCACUUUAUCAGAGCAUAAUAUAUUACCAUGGAACAAUUUGGAUCAACUCUCUUCUUUAUGGGCUGUCUUUACAAAAUAUAAAAACAACAUGAGAGAUGGCUUUCGACUAGAAAAUCUUUCUUGGAGGUUAUGGUAUCGACAGAGUGUGUUGCAGAAAAAAGAAAAACCAAAGACUUCUGGAGACAUGAAUUAUUCCACUAUGCUUGUUCGUCCUUUAAGGCGCACUCGCUCCUUACCCAUUUUGUCUCAAUGGCAUCAAAAUGUGUUACAGAAAAAGACAACCAAAUUAGUGCCUUCCAAACAACCUCUGCCAUCAGAAUUACCUCAACAGCGGAAAAAACAAAAAUUCUUCAUCACAGAAGAAACUCAGGAACCCAAAAAAGAAGACCAACUUUUAUUUAAAAAGGCCAAUUCUUUAAUUCCUAAACCAGUGUCUUUGUUAUCAGAAAUGCUUCAGCAGCCAGAAAAGACCAGUUCCUCCGGUCUUCGCCGAUGUCAGUCUCGUUAUUGUCGCUUAGAUCAAUUUUUUUUGAAUGCAGCAUGACCGAAUCUUAUUUAUUUUAUAUUAUUUAUACAACAACUCAACGAGAAAAGCUAUAGAAAAGAAAAAAAGGGUAUUCUCGGAAGGAGUCUAAUAGCACAAAUAUACAGUAAGAACAAUAAGUUCUUCUGUUAUUCAAUAAAAUAGUACA